AAGGAGGACCAUCAAAUCACGGAAAUCGAUCAUCCUUGAUGUGGGAAAGAAGACAAUCCGACCACGAAAAUCGAUCAUAUUUUGGAGGUCAGUCAUCUUCAAUGAAAGAAGGAGGACCAUCAAAUUACAGAAAUCAAACAACUUUAGAUCACGGAAAUCGAUCAUCCUUGAUGUGGGAAAGAAGACAAUCCGACCACGAAAAUCGAUCAUAUUCAGUGAACGAAAGAAGACUAGACUACGAAGAUCGAUCAUCUUUAAUGAACAAAAGAAAACGUUCUGAAGAUCAAUCAUCUUCAGCAAACAAAAGAAAACGUUCUGAAGAUCAAUCAUCUUCAGCAAACAAAAGAAUACAUUUAGACCAUGGUCGUUAUUUUUCAUCUAAAACAUUUAUAGAAUUGGUAUACGAAUUUGCAGCAAAAAUACACGCUAUAAAACCUAGAUAUCAAAUUUUCGAAAUAAAAGAUACAGAUAAAUUAGAUAGAUUUUACUCAAAAAUGUUUCUCAAUGGGGUUGAAUACACGGGAAGAAUUCAAUCCAACGAAAUACUUGCGAAGGAAUCAGUAAGCCAAAUCGCUUAUGAAUCUAUA